UUGGCAAAGCAAAAUUAACAAGAUAUGACUGUCUUUUAGAAAGGUAAUUAUUUUUCAUAUUUACCUGCAUAAUAAAAUAUUUUUCCGCGAAAUCAAAAAGCCGGCUUUUCAAUACACGUGAAGUUCGUUUAUUUUCAAACAAAUCCGAAAAGUCCGUUUGUUGCCCGCACGAAGUUCAGGUCGGUCGCCAUUAGAGCCACGAAAGGGGCCGAAACGUUGUGUGGAACUGUGAAAAUUGAGGUUAUAGUGUUGAUUCAAUAGUUAUUUGUGGACAAAUAUCGGCUAAACGGGCCUGGAAGACAUUGACAAAUAGUUUCAACCCAACUGAGCAUAAAAAGUGUUUUACAACUGCACAGACUACCAGAAAUGAUGAUAGAAGUUGAAACACACUCAUACAACAUAAACCUUAUGAUACCAGUGCCUACGCAACUAAAUAUAAAAGACAAAAACUUUGACUGUUAAACUUUUUAACACAACCUUCUUAAAUUAACUUCAGUGUGAAAAAGAAAUAAAUAAUUUUGGCCCGUAUUUUCGACCACAAAGUAGUGAAGAAAACAGUGGUUUCUAGUGUCUAUGGAUAAAUUGUUUGUUGGACUUGGCUUUUUAAUUUAGUGUUGCCAGGAUGAAAAUACCAGAGACGCCUAAUGUUGGAGCUUAUUAUGGCAAUGAAGAAAAUGGACAGUGGCAGCCGAACGGAGUGAUAAUGGACGUGGGCGUCGGCGGCGGCGUGGUGGGCGCGGGGGACGCGGGGCACCCCCCCUACCCGCCACAGAGGGGGCACACUGACCCUGGCUACAUGAUGGCGCCGUACUACCACGGCUACGCCCCCCACCCCGGGCACGCCCCGCACCCCGCCCUCGCCCCGCACCCGCCGCACACGGGCGACGACUUCAGCGACUACAUGUGGAUGGAGAAUGAGGAUGAGUUUGAUAAGCAGGUAAUGCAACAACUAGAAGAGGAAGCCCUGAUGGAGCAGUGCAUCGAGGCGAUGCUGGAGGACGAGCAGCGCGAGCGCGGCGCGCGGGGGGAGCAGCGGGGCAGGGGGGGACGGGGGGAGAGGAGGGGGAAGGCUAACGGGGAGUGUGCUACUACAAGCAACGGUCCCCAACUAUCCCUAGAGGAGCGUCUGGCCCGGUCCACACUCAACCCGCUGGCUGCGGAGUUUGUGCCCACAUUCACCCCCGCACCAACCGCAGACACAGUUGCAGAAGUGAGUAAAGAGCCGGCGGCGGCGGCGAUGGAGGCGGCGUCGGACAAGCCUUCGGACCGGACGGACGAGGCAGUUACAGAAGUGUCAGCGGACGCGACAGACGGUGCACAAGCGGUGUCGAAGGCGAAAGAACAGACGAAGGGGAAAGACAAACGAACAGACAAGAAGAAACCAGAAGUCAGGCCCGCCAAGAGUGAUAGCAAGGUACCUGCCAAGAAGGAGGCGAAGAAAGAAGUAAAGUCCAGUAAAAGUGAAACGAAAGUGGAACCCGCAGAGAUUGAGGUUAUGGAAGAAUCGGCCUUCCCUGCGCUAGAACCUGUCAAGGGUGCCCCAGUGGAGGAGCCGGCGCCGAGCGGGCCCAAGCCCAUCAACUACGCCGCCGCCGCCAAGGCGAAUAAACCGAAGAAGGCCUCCACACCUCCAGUAGCAGAGAAACCCGCCGCGCCGCCCGCGCCCGCCAAAACCGAACCCAAACCCGUCAAACCCACCGAAACCAAGACAGUCAAGAGCGUCGACAAACCACAGACCAAGGAGAAGUCGAAGGCCACAGACAAAGUUAGGAAGAACUCGACGAAGUAAGUUGAUUAGUGGAACUAUGCCCGUGUAAAGGAAAAGGUAUAAUCUGUGAAC